AUGGAGCGAGCAAAUGCCCAGACCACAUUCGCAUUCGUUCAGGGUUACAGCAUUGCACCAAUCGCAAGUAUUCUUACGGAUGGAGGAACGAGGCCGGUGACGGUGACGAUGACGUUGACGGCCACCACAGCUCUGUUGGGAUCUCUGGUCACCAUCACCACGACAUCAACAGCUGACGCAACAACCAUCUCACUAUGUGAUUCUUCUCAGUCUGGAGGCAAUGAGUUGACAGCGGGACUCGGAGACUGGCCUGGGGUUGGAUUUCGCACAUUCCUCCUUUUUCAAGAGAGAAGACACUACUGGUCUUCAUUGAAAUCUCUGCCACCUUAUGAGGCCUAUGGCACUUCCGCAGAUGGCCCUGUACCUCAGGUGCUAGCUCCCGCGGCAAGCUCCAAACUUCGUCUGUGGUCACGAAUAGGCAAGAGGACGUGA